CCAUGUGUGGCAUGUGGCAGUUGUAAACGAAUCGUGUGCAAGUAAGGAAGUACGUCGCGGUUGUUGUGUGAAUAAAUUACAAGAAGUAGUAAAAGAAAACGACACGGUGUAAUGUUUUGCAAGGCAAACAAAGUGCAUUUUUCCGAGUGUGUUAAAAAUUGAAGUCGCAACCGAAAAGCGGAGAGUUAAUCAGUGAAAAGUUGGAAUUUAUUUCCAUGAAUGCAAUUGAUUGUGGGGCAUUUAAUGUGUGGUGAAAAGCAAUUAGAAAACCGAUGUGAACGCAAACUGAUAAGCGCGUGUGUAGUGUAGAAGCAAAGCAGAGAAACCAAAAGUGCUCGCGAGCUGGCUGAUAAGCAACGGUCAAAGUGCGUGUGGCGUCUACGGAGUUUGCCGUUGCAAUCACAAUUAUUUAAGAACAACCUAAAACAUCUCAUCUUAAGUGCUGCAAUCUGCUGUGUGUGGCUCGGCGUGAGUUCAUUGCAGUCAGCGGCCGCGCGGCGCGUUAGUGUGAACCAGCGUGCGAUUGACAGCAACAGCGCGUAUGUGCCGCAGUGAUAAUUGCACCAUAAGUCACUUUUACUGUGCUGAGUGACGCUUUUGAUGCUGAUAAGCGGGUGUUGUCAGUCUGCAGUUGCAAAUUGGUGCAAAGUGUUAAAGGUGGCAGUUGCAAGUUGCUAAAAAAUUAGUGUGAGACAAUUUUAAAAGCAAGAUAAAUAUUUUUGUGUUGAAAUUUUUCAUUUUCGUUGCGCAAAAGCUUGAGUUUUUAAUUUUUAAAAAAUCUUGAUUCCUUGGAGAAAAUAAAAUUGAAUGAUAAAUGAAAAAAGUUGAAUGUAAUUACAACCCACCUUGCGGCUUGACUGAAGUAAAAUAAAGGCAAUUUCAGCAGCUUUUCUAAUUAUAUGCAGCAAAUUUACGGUAUUUUAUAACUGUAAAGCUUACAAUUUAUGCAGCACAUUUUAGAAAAAUAAAAACAACAAUAAUAUAAUAAAAUUAUUUCUCGAUUAAUUAGCAAUUAAUAUAAAAUUUCGUUAUAUAGUGUGAGACGACGUGAACCCCAGUGUGUGAAGAGAAAGUGCAGAAACAAAAAAAAAUUAUAAAAAAAUAACAACAACAACAAUUUUUAAAUAUUUUAAAAGUAUUUUGUGAAUUUUCUUUGCCUUGAAUUGAUUAAAAUCGCAACAUUUUCUCAUUGUUUUUAAAACAAAACUGCUUACAGCCACAGAAAACAACAAAAACAACAACACAGAAAGUCAGCGAAAAAUAUGAAAUUUAAAAAAUAAAAAUAAAAUUAAAAAUAAAUGUAAAAAUAUGAAAUUGAAAAAAUAAUAAAAAAAGGAAAAUUUUUUGCAACAACAACAACAAUAGCAAGCAAAAAAUAUGAAAUUUGAAAAAUAAAAAAAAUUAAAAAAAUUUAAAAAUAAAUAAAAAUUUGUUUGCAGCAACAACAAUAGCAAAUAACUGACGCUACAAACGUGAAAACUGAGAAAUACUUGAAAUUACAACAAAAACAACAAACAAUAUCGGCCCAAAAUAACUUAAAACUAAAUGAAAUUAAAAAACCAAUCAAGCAAAGUUAUUGAAAUGUCAAAGUAAGUGAGCUGCUAGUCAAUCACAGCAAAAAAUUGCAACAAAAACAAAAAAAAACAAGCAUACGCGCGCGCUAACUUAUUUGCUUGGCUCCCUUGACUACCGCUUGCAAAGGCAAACAAAUACAAGAAAACAACAAAACGCACACACAUACAUACACACACAGAGCUAUAAGCCGAAACACACAUACAUAUAUACAUUGCGGUAAAUAUACAAAUAAAUAGCUGUCAACGUCAGGUGCAUCAACCUAAAAGGCUUGUUUAAUUACAAGGCAGACACAGCGUAAAAGUGAAUAAAAGCAAACACAAACAACUACAAUAACAAAGUAAAUUGUAAAAAACAAAAACGACUACAAUAACAAAGUAAAUUGUAAAAAGCAAAAACAACUACAAUAACAAAGUAAAUUAUAAAUUCGUAAAUAAUUAAAAAGAGCAGCGAACAAAUGCGCCAAAAGGCGUAAGGAAAACCCAUACUAGUGAGACACUAAGUUAAAGAUACAACAAUAACUACAAACACAUUGCAACAACAACACAGCCAACUAAAGCAUUAGCAAGCAGACAGUGGCAAAUCAAUUUCACAAAUUAAAAGUACUUUCAACAUCGACUGUUAAUUCCCGUAAACUAAUAACUAAUUCGUUAAGCGCCCCAAGAGAUAUAUCAAGCCUGCGCACCCAGCAUGCGCUUGAAGUGAGCACCACCGAAAAGAGAGAAAAAAAAGAAAAUCACAACUGAGCCCACUGUACACGAACGCUUUGCAGCAACAAAUAAAAUGGCCACACCAACAGUUUGCACAAGUCCAGUGAGAUGGACAAAAACGAAAGCCACAAACAACACAAAACCUACAACAAAUACGAAAAUGAAACAAAUACGCAAUAAAGGGCCACAACCGCCAAGCAGAGCAAUAACACCAACAACAACAAGUUGGACGCGUCUAAAGUUGUCAUCGCUCACACCAACAACAGCGCUGCUGCUCGGCACACUCACACUGCUGAGUUUACACGCACAAACGCAAGCCUUCUGCCCCUCGAAAUGUCAGUGCCUCAGCGGCGAAGCGAACAGUCGGGCAUACUGUGUGGACGCAGCGCUCGAAGACGUGCCCAUACAGUUGAAUCCCGAAACGAAAUACAUCAAUUUGACGCGCAACAAAAUACGCAAUCUCGAAUUUACGCUGCCAUUUUAUAUGAAACUCGAAGUGCUCGAUUUGUCGCAGAACAUCAUCGAUACGCUGGGUUCGAAAAAUUUCGAAUUCCAAAAGGAUAUGCGCACAUUGAAUUUGAGUCGCAAUUCGGUGAGCGCUUUGCAAAAAGAUGCCUUCCGCGGACUGAGUAAUUUGCUGGUGCUCGAUUUGAGUUAUAAUCGCAUUGAAGUGGCGGAUGCCAGCGCUAUGAGUGAUCUCACUUCACUGAUUAAACUCGAUCUGACCAAUAAUAAUAUUGUGAGUUUAGAGGAUAAUUGCUUUCAUAAUAUGAUCUCGCUGGAGAUUUUGAAAUUCAAGAAUAAUCAACUCUUGGAUGUGCCAUCGAAUAAUUUGCAGCAUUUGCAUGCGCUCAAAUCGCUGGAUUUAUCCGAUAAUCUAGUGGAAUAUGUGCGCAAUGAUAGUUUUGAAGGACUGCGUGAGUUGGUGAUGCUCACAAUGCGUGGCAAUGUGAUAUCCGAGUUGGAUUUGAGCGCUUUUGAGGGUCUGACUGCGUUAAAGCAUCUCAAUUUGGCUGAUAAUAAUUUGACGAUGGUGCCUACACAACAGCUCUCAAAGUUAUCGAAUCUCACAUAUUUGUCGUUGAGCGGUAAUCGGUUUACGCAGCUGCCCGCGGUUGCUUUCAUGAACUUGUUUCAUUUACGUGAAUUGCAUUUGAACCGCCUGGAUCAUCUCAAUCGUAUAGAUUCAAGAGCCUUCAUCGACAAUACGCAUCUACAAGCAUUGCACCUCACCAACAACCUACAACUAUACGACAUUCCCAUGCGACUGUUCCAAGGCAAUCCCAACGUACUCGAAAUCUACAUGCAAGGCAACAGUCUGCAAACACUCUACUCCGCACAAUUCCCCGUAGACCAGCUGGAGCGUCUUUACCUUGGCGAUAAUCCACUGCAAUGCAAUUGCUCGCUACUCUGGCUAUGGCGUUUGGUUACCGGAAAUUUCGAUGGCGAGGCCAACAACGCAGGUGGUGUGCAUGUUACACACAGUCAAGGCGAAGCGGCUGUAGCCGCGCUGGGCACGGCUGAUGCCGAUGUAGCGUCCGCAGCCGCAGAGGCUUAUGUCGCACAACAAAGGCCUACACGGGUUAGUAGCAGCAGCAGCGGCUCCAGCGGCUAUCUACAACUCGACAUAGAACGCAUUGGCUGCGAUAUCUGGCAGGAUAAUGUGCGCACGCGCCGCCGUCUAGUGACCAUGUCCGAGGGCGAUAUCACUUGCCCCGCGCAUAUUGUCACCAUUGUGUGUGCGAUUUUUACGCUGCUGCUCGUCUUCGCCAUCGGCGCCAGCAUCGUCUUUUAUCUGCGCUUCGUGAAGCGUCGACGGAAGCUGCUACACGAUCGUUCGCUCACACGUUCGGGCAAAUCAAUUGUCAAUGUACACGAUCGCAUACUGCAACAUCAACCGCUGAGCACCGGCGGCGUACUGGGCAUGAGCGUUGGUGGGCUCACCUAUCCACAUCACACGCUACAACAACAAGGUGGCACACAUCAUGCCAUGUUGCCGCUACACCCGCAUGAGUACCAGCAAACGCUGCCAGCGCAAGUGGACAAACUGGAAUUGGAACGAUAUCUAGCGGCGCAGGCGAUCGCCAACGAGUAUCGUGCCUUGAAGCCGUGGGAGUUGCCGCCCGUAAAGGAUGCGAAUGCCUACAGCGAUGAACCGGAGCACUUGUAUGAGAAGUUCGACCACUACGACUAUCCGGACAUGCAAACGUUGAGCAAAUCGAAGCAGGCGACUCUAAUGUCCAACACUGACGGUUGCAACACCAACAACAGCGCUAAUGGUGUGGUGCUGAUGGGUAAGGGUGGCGCUGGCGCUGGUGGCACAGCGGCUAAGCCGCAUGUGGUCUACGUAUGACUCCCGGGUGGACAAGUCGGCGGCGGCGUCGACGCAAUGGGUAGUGCAAGCAAAGAGUGCGAGGGCGUAGAGGCCGAAGGCGAGCUGCGCUAUUGCCUCAACAACAACUAUAGUAGUUAUAUGAAAUUAGUUUAGAACGUGGCAGUUGGCGUAGAAGUGGUGCGGCAGGUUGAGAAGCGGAAGAGUAGCGGAAGCUGGCUAAACAGGUGGCGUUGCAAGCGAAAGCGUACGAAUGCAAUGGAGUUGCUACUAAUGACACGAAAUUAAAUCAAAUGCGAAAACUGUUAAGUGUAAGCAGUAAGCUGAGUAGGUUUGGAUAAAAAAGGAAACAAAACAAAAACAAAAACAAUAAAUGUAUAAACCACACUAAAAUCGUACGUUAGCAGCGAUGAAUCGAAACAAGGGUAUAUUUGUUAGCAACUAAGUUACAAACACAAGCAUACAUACAUACAUACAUACACCAAUAAUAGUAACACCGCAAACGUUAGGCAUUAUUAUUCGUAAUAUCUCGUACAUCUACGAACACCUAAUUUCCUGUUAACCUUAAGCGUUUAAGUAUAUAAAAUAUAUAUAUUUGCAUAAGCGUAGCAAGAAACAACAUUAAAUGAAACAAGGGAUACGUAUAGUGUUAUAUAAUAGCUAAAUUACAAUAAGUAAAUCACGAACAAAAUACUAAAAUUACAAAACGUAAGAAAAC